AUUUAAUCGAACAUUCGGUAGUUGGUAACACUGUUGCCAUUAGCAACACUAAGGUUAAGUUUAUAAAACUAACGUGGGCCUUUACCACUAGAUUUUUGUGAUUUAUUAAAUUGACAUUUUUCAAUAAAAAAUGACGCAUGCCGCUGGAGAUGGACACAGGUCACACAGUAAUGUCUAUAAGGACAAAAGUAAACCACAAGAUGUUCGAACCAGCAACAUGACUGCGGCUAAAGGCCUUGCUGAUGCUAUUCGUACAAGUCUUGGUCCUAAGGGCAUGGACAAAAUGAUCCAGAAAGGAAACGGAGAAGUUACUAUAACGAAUGAUGGUGCUACUAUUUUACAACAGAUGAAUGUUAUGCAUCCUGCUGCUAAACUUUUGGUCGAACUGUCUCAAGCUCAAGAUGUUGAAGCAGGUGAUGGAACAACCACAGUUGUCAUAUUGGCCGGAGCCAUAAUGGAAGCUGCUGAAAAACUGAUGAACCGUGGAAUUCAUCCAACAACAAUUUCCGAUGCAUUCAGCAUUGCAGUUGAAAAGGCCAUCCCAAUUUUAAGAGAGAUGUCUAUUCCUCUACAACAAAACGAUAACGAAAGUCUUAUCAGGAGUGCAUCAACAUCUCUUAAUUCAAAGGUCGUUUCUCAACAUUCAUCGAUAUUGGCUCCAUUAGCUGUGAAUGCUGUUCUUAGAAUUACCGACCCAAAGAAAGACAAAAAUGUCGACCUAAAAGAUAUCAAGAUCAUUAAGAAACUUGGAGGCACCGUGGAAGAUACAGAACUCAUUGAGGGCUUAGUCUUCACGCAGAAGUUGGCAAAUAUAAACGGACCAAAGCGUCUUGAGAAAGUCAAAAUUGGUCUCAUUCAGUUUUGCAUUUCUCCCCCUAAAACAGAUAUGGAUCACAAUGUGGUCAUCUCCGACUAUGCAGCAAUGGACAGGAUUCUAAAAGAGGAAAGAGCUUACAUACUUAACAUUGCGAAGCAAAUCAAGAAGGCUGGAUGUACUAUGUUGUUGAUCCAGAAAUCUAUUUUAAGGGAUGCCUUGUCCGAUUUAGCUAUUCACUUCUUUGACAAGUUGAAAAUUAUGGUCGUGAAGGAUAUCGAGAGGGAAGAUAUCGAUUUCGUCUGUAAGACUCUCGGCUGCCGACCCAUUGCAUCUUUGGAUCACUUCACCAGCGAGGCUCUGGUCAGUGCUGAGCUAGCAGAAGAAGUAUCGGCAGGAUCUUCUCGUAUCGUCAAAGUGACCGGAAUUCACAAUCCUGCGAAGACAGUAACAAUUCUAGUUCGAGGAUCUAACAAUCUUGUCCUCGAAGAAGCUGAUCGUUCUAUUCACGAUGCUCUUUGCGUCAUCCGAUGUCUUAUCAGGGAAAGAGCUCUUCUUCCUGGAGGUGGAGCUCCCGAGAUUGAGUUGUCUCUUCGUUUAGGACAGCAUGCUCAGGUUUUGGGGUCGGUGGAAGCUUAUUGUUUGAGGGAGUAUGCCAAAGCUUUGGAAAUCGUUCCUUACACUCUCGCUGAGAAUGCUGGUCUCAAUCCCGUAGCUACUGUUACGGAACUUAGGAAUAAGCACGUUCACGGCCAAACCAGUGCUGGUAUUAAUGUUAGGAAGGGCCAGGUAACAGAUAUUCUUGAAGAAAAUGUUCUACAGCCUAUGUUGGUCACAGCAAGUGCAAUCACCUUAGCGACGGAAACAGUCAGGAGUAUUCUAAAAAUAGAUGACAUUCUGAACGUCGCUCACUGAAAUUAAUUUUUUCAUCUUAUGAAAGAACCAUCUUUCAUACAACUAAUUUUUUUUUUUUUGUUUAAAGUUGAUGUAUGUUUUUUACAUGAAUAAAAGUAUUGCCUAAAAUUAAUUAUGCACAUUAAAAUGUAACGAUCAAAUAUUAUUUAAUAAACUAAAUGUAUUAACAGCUAACUUUAUAUUUGACCUUUUCUCAUGAAGUUUGGAUAUUUAUGUUAAGUAUUUAUGAAAAUUUUAAUAUGUUGCUUGAAAGAGAAUAUUAAAUAAAAAAGUGAAUGAUUCUUGGAUGUUUAAAGGUUGUUGGAGUAGUAAGUUAAGUACAGGCAAACAACGUAAUGGAGUCCUUUGUAGGCAGAAAUAAGCUAGGAGAUUAUGUUCAAACAUUGUUAAAUUUAAAGUUUUUAAUUUCCUACCUAUACUAGGUAAGGAAAGUAUUGCGAUCAGAUAAAAUUUCUGAUGUGCGGUUUUUGACGGUUCAGUACGUUUCAGAGCUCCCUGAGUCCGAAAAGCACAUUUUUUAUAUACUAAGAUUUGUUUAACAUUAUUUCAGU